AUGAACUAAAUUGAAAUAGAAUGUUAGAAUACUGGAAACUGCAAUUAAGAAAUAAUAAAAAGAAUAUGUUUAAAUAAAAACUGUACAUAAAAUAGAAUAAUGUGUGACAUUUGUUUGGAUGAACACUAAAAUCACAUUAAGGAUUGUUUUUUCAUAAAAGACAUUCCUAAAAAAAUUAAUUAAAUUAAACAAUAUUAAUAAGAAGUUUAGGAAGAUAUCUAAAGAUCUGUAGAUAAGUUUCUAAAAAGUGUUAAGGAAUAAAUAGAAUUAAAAUUUGCAUUUUAAUAAUGUCCAAUUUUUAAAAUUAAUUAAGGAGCAAAUAUUUAUAAUUGGACAUUAAAAGAUUUUUAAUAGUUUUCUGAAUAAGCAUCUUUAUUGAAUUUUUAAUCAUAAAAUUUUGAUGAAACUUUAUUUGCAAAAAUACAAGAAAUAAGUUCAAUGAAAUUUGAUGAAAAAACAUUCGAAAGAUUAUUUGCUCCAAAUUAAUAACUGGUCAAAAAUAAAAAAGUAGUUCUAUAAGGCUUUUAAACAAGAAAUAAGAAUUAUGGAAUUACGAAUUUUUAAAAAGAAAUUUUAAGGCCCCAUAUUUAUGAAUCAAUAGAAAUAAAAGAAGAUGUAUUAAUCUGUAAUUAUGGAAGUAUUAUGUUUCAUAUUGAUUUUAGUGAAAAAAUUGGCAAUUAUUUAGCCAAACCUAUAUUUAUUAGCAGAAAAUGUAGUAAAGUUAUGUUUUACUUAUGAAGGCUGCAGUUUUAAUAAUGAAAAUUAAAAUAAAUUUGGAUUAUUUAUUGGAAACCUUAAUUAAUGCUCUUAUUAAGAAGAUGAUCAUAAAAAAGAUUUAAUUCUAAUAAAUGAAUAAGCAAAGUAUGUUUAGAAGAAUCUUGAAUUACUCAUUCCCUAUGAAGCUAAACAAUUAUUUUCCGAAGAUAAUUAAAAAUUACUAAUGCUUGUUUUUAAUAAAGAAUAAAAUAAAUAAUCAUUAUCUAUAGUAAAUUUACAUGUAAUAAACAAAUUUAUUUUAAGACAUCAAAAAAAGCCGAAAUUCCAUUCAAAAAUCAAUUUCCUUAAGCUUAUUUUUGUUUUAGUUUAUCAUGUUCAGCAAAAAUUAAAAUGCUUUGA